AUGGAAUUAGGAUCUGAUUCACGCCAUUUUCAAGCACAUUUGGGCCUGAGGAGCGAUGCCAUUGAUGCUACGGAAGCUGAGGUUGCUCUGGGAACAACCAAGAAGAAUAGACUUGCUUCUGCCAACGCAAAUGCUUUAAAGCUCAGCUGUGAACUUCUCAAGAGUUUUGUCUCAGAGGCUGUGCAGCGCGCUGCUAUAAUCGCUGAAGCUGAGGGAAUGGACAAGAUUGAAGCUACUCAUUUAGAGAGGAUUCUUCCCCAGCUUCUUUUGGACUUUUAAGGUAUGAUUGAUAAUAAGCACAUGCUUGUCCCUGCAUCUCUUUGUUUUAUCCUUCGUUUUAUUUUGCUUCUGUUUACGUCGAUGUACAUGUACUAAUGAACGUGAAAUCUUGUUUCUUCUUUCCUUUGUCUAAAUAUACACAACGCUUAGAUCAUGGCAUGUGUUCUUCCUUUCUUAUAAAUAACAUUGAUUAUAUUAUUCCA